AGAAGAGAAAAGAAAAUUGCUCCUUUCAUUUCCUCCAUUUUCAUCCAAUAAAUAAAGUUUGUCUUUACGUGUUGGGAUUCACAGUUUUCGGGAAAUGGAAAACGAAAUCGUGAAUGGUUCUAAUGGAGCUUCAAGUUUCUCUUCUCUCAAUUGUAUCGAUCUCUCAAACCCAGAUAUCGAACAGUCCGUCUCUUUGCUCAAACAGGCGUGUUUGGAUUGUGGAUUUUUCUACGUAGUGAAUCAUGGAAUAAGCCAGGAGUUCAUGGACGAAGUUUUUUAUCAGAGCAAGAGAUUUUUCAAAUUGCCAUUGGAUGAAAAAAUGAAGCUUUUGAGGAAUGAGAAGAACAGGGGCUAUACCCCUGUUCUUGACGAGCAUCUUGAUCCUGAAAACCAAGUUCACGUAGGAGAUUACAAAGAGGGGUAUUACAUAGGUGUUGAGAAACCUGAGGAUGACCCAGAAGUGGAAAAACCAUUCUAUGGACCUAAUCAAUGGCCUGAACAAGGUAAAUUGUCUGGUUGGAGGGAGACCAUGGAGAAAUUUCAUCAAGAGGCACUGGAAGUUUCAAGAGCGGUUGCAAGGAUCAUAGCUCUUGCUCUGGGACUGGACAAGAAUUUCUUUGAUAAGCCGGAAAUGCUCGGCGAGCCUAUUGCAACUUUGCGCUUACUUCACUAUGGAGGUCAAGUUACUUCUGAUCCAUCGAAAGGAAUAUUUGGAGCUGGAGCUCAUUCUGACUUCGGCUUGAUAACCCUCUUGGCCACAGAUGAUGUCUUAGGUCUCCAAAUAUGCAAAGAUAAGGAUGCUAAGCCUCAAGUAUGGGAAUAUGUAGCACCAGUGAAAGGAGCAUUUAUUGUGAAUCUUGGUGACAUGCUGGAGCGCUGGAGCAACUGUAUUUUCAAGUCCACGUUGCACAGGGUCCUGGGAAAUGGUCAAGAAAGAUACUCUAUCGCAUACUUUGUGGAACCUAAUCACGAUUGCCUUGUUGAGUGUUUGCCUACCUGCAAAUCAGAAAAAAACCCUCCCAAGUUUUCUCCGAUCUUAUGCCGGACUUACCUUAGCCAACGCUACAAGGAUACACAUGUUGAUCUGAAUAUGUACAAAGAACAUCAAACUUAAUGCUCUCUUUCUGACAGCAUUUGGAUAUGGAGAUAAAUCCUUUAAGAUGUAUCAACCAGUACAAGAAAUGCCAUUUUUCUAUGUAAUAGAAUUGUUUAUUUCCUUAGUUGAGCAUCAAUACAUUGGAAUGUAAAGACAUUCCAAAAGUACUUUAGAAUGUGACUUAAUUAAUAGUCUGUUGUUGACACAAAGUUUUGUUCCUCUUUUGUAUGCCAAUAAACACUCGAAUGAGAUUGGUUUAUGCAAAUCAUGCGUUUACUGUA